AUGAAUGGACAAGGUUGCGCGAUAACAAAAUGGCCUGUCCCAGAAGAACAAGCGGCGACGACACCACCAUCUGGCCUAACACCAGUGACUGAAGGGCAAGCAGAGCAGCUACAUCUGCAACAACAGCAUACUAUGCCAGUCUCAGCACCCACAGUUUCUCAGAUCUUGCCUUCGGAAAACCUGGCAACAGUGGUCAUGGCUUCAACAGGUAGUGUCCCGUUGAACCAACCGCUUCUCAUCCCGCUCAACAUGGCUGGUCAAGUUACUGCCCAGCAAGGACUCGUGUUGACUUUUCCCACGGCAUCCAUUGGUUCUCUCCCGAGCCUUACUUCUGCCACUGGGGCAGGAGGCAUUGUCAAGCUCCCUCUGGCAAACUUGCAGGCUGCUUCAAUGUUGAACACUGCUCUCCAGCCUACACAGCUUCAACAGGCCUUACAACCUCAGGCCACUCUGCAGUCCCUGCCUACAUCCACUGUUCCUCUAAAACAGCUGGAACCACAAACCCAGGUCACUUCUGUUCACCCAGCUCAAGGCCUGACUUUAAACCCAACAAUACUUAGUAGUCAACCUUCACUUGUGGGUUCUUUGACUGCCACUCCAGUUAUUGCAAAUGCUGUGCCCAGCUUCCAAGGAAUUACAAGUCAGAUCAUAACUAAUGCACAAGGACAGGUCAUAGGAACUGUUCCCUUAGUCAUGAACCCAACAACAAUAACAACAACCAACCCAGUGACAGCAGUGGCAGCACAGAGCCUACAAGUGCAAGCAGUUACACCACAGAUGCUGCUGAACUCCCAAGGGCAAGUGAUUGCAACUGUGAUCAGCAACCAGUUUGUGCCAGUUCUGAGCCGGCAAGGAGUACCUCUCUCACCUGUAAAAACGGCGCAGCAGAAGCUAAAAAAUAUGGCUGCUACAAGUCACUUGACCAAGCAGCUACAGGUUCUAAGUGGAGUGCAGCGAGACACAUCCAGACAUGUUGAGACUCCUGAAAUACCAGGAGUUCAAAAACAGGCAAUAGAAGUUUAA